AGUACAUCACAAGACAAUAGAAUACUACAUAAAAAGAAGAGUAAAAUUAGUUGUACCUGUGUGUAUUUUACAUUUGGCUCAUGGAGCUUUACUGCGUGAUUCCUCAUGGACUCAUUGAAGGAUCUCAUUCAUUCGUUGCCUCUCUCUUCUGUGACGGCGAGUCCUUUAAGAGCCGGACGGAAUGCCACGACGUGUUGAGUGACCGGCGCAGGGUCGUAGGCCUCUGCUAUAUUUACCAGCCCCGUAACCCGACCCGUUGCAUUCUGGGCCGCCGCGCUCAUGUAUCCUCUCGCAGCCUCCCGAGCAGCACGCCAUUGCUGCGCGUCCAUCGGCCCGCUCAGAACAACGAGGCUGAGCCCCAGAAGCCCCCUCUCAGGUAGGUGCAGGAGUAACAUCUGUGUGUUUGUGUGUGUGUGUGGACACCUCGGGGGAGCAACAGUACGAUGAGCUGCCCGAGAGCCUCUACAGCCUGCGGGGACUGACACGACCACAAACAAACACGGCAGUCCAUGCGGUGUUCCAGAGGCUCUCCCGUCUCCGAGGCUGAGAAACCAGCAGAAUGUCCCGCGUCUCCUCCACCGCCAAGCGCUACGCCGGCUCCUCCUACACCAGCCAGUACGGCUCCUACAGCUCCUCCCUGACCCCGGGCCUCGGCUCCUACAGCGAGCGGGACAGGCUGUCCUCCUACAGGUCCCCAGCCUCCUCCUCAGGUUACUCCUCCUCCAGCUACCUGAGCAGCUCCGCCGCCCGCAGCCGCAACUACAGCACCUCCUCCGACCCGGACCGGGGUCGGACCGCCCCGCGCACCGACCUCCUCGGGAGCAGCAGCAUCAGCAGCCGCCGGAGCGAGAGCCUCAGCAGAACCCCCCUCAGGAGCUAUGGCGGCUCGGGGCUGAGCGGGGGGUCGGGCUACACCAGCUCCUACCCCUACUCCUCCUCCUCCUCCUCCUCCUCCUCCUCGGCCCAGUCCAGCUACCUCUCCUCCACACCGUCGGCCUCCGGAAUCGCACUCACCCGACGGAAGUCUGCGUCCCAGAGCGACUUGAGCCGGGACCUGGCCUCCCUGGGCCUCAGCGACGCCUCCACCUCCUCCACCAGUGCCCUGCGGAGCUACCGCAGUCGGGCCAGCGACGUAGCCGACUCCUACGCCGCCGGCUCCCGUCCGAGCUACUCGGGCUACUCGGGCCUGUCGCGGAGCUCCACCCAGGAAGCCUUCAGCAGCAGCAGAGCCAGCGCCUCGUCCUGGCAGUCCGACCCCCCCACCAGGGACACCACGAACUCAAAGAGCGCCCAAGGCCUGGUGGGUCUGAAGAACCUGGGCAACACUUGCUUCAUGAACAGCAUCCUGCAGUGUCUCAGUAACACUCCCGGCCUGAGAGACUACUGCCUGCACAACGCGCACCGCAGAGACCUUAACAACAAGAGCCGCACCAACACCGCCCUCAUGGAAGAGUUCGCUAAGCUCCUGCAGACCGUGUGGACGUCGUCCAGCAGCGACGCCGUCAGCCCCUCAGAGUUCAAGACGCAGAUCCAGAGAUACGCUCCCCGAUUCGUGGGCUACAACCAACAGGACGCUCAGGAGUUCCUGCGCUUCCUGCUGGACGGGCUGCACAACGAGGUCAACCGGGUCAGCGUCAGGCCCAGGGGGGGCGCCGAGGACUUGGACCACCUGCCGGAUGAGGAGAAAGGGAAGAAGAUGUGGAGUAAAUAUCUGGAGAGAGAAGACAGCAAGAUAGUUGAUGUGUUUGUGGGGCAGCUGAAGAGUUCUCUGACCUGCAGCCACUGUGGGUUCUGCUCCACCGUGUUCGACCCCUUCUGGGACCUGUCUCUACCCAUCACCAAGAAGGGCUGCGGUGAGGUGAGCCUGAUGGACUGCAUGCGUCUCUUCACCAAGGAAGACGUCCUCGACGGAGACGAGAAGCCGACGUGCUACAGGUGUAAAGCCCGCAGGAGAUGCACCAAGAAGUUCACCAUACAGAAGUUCCCCAAGAUCUUAGUGCUGCACCUCAAACGCUUCUCUGAGGCGCGAAGAACCAGCAAACUGUCCACCUUCGUCAACUUCCCCAUGAAGGACCUGGACCUGCGGGAGUUUGCCUCCCAACACAGCAUAGACGCAGUGUACAACCUGUACGCAGUGUCCAACCACUCAGGCACCACGAUGGGGGGGCACUACACGGCUUAUUGCCGCAACCCCACCUCGGGGGAAUGGAACACCUUCAAUGACUCCAGAGUAACGCCAAUGUCCUCCAGCCAAGUGCGCAGCAGCGACGCCUACGUCCUGUUCUACGAGCUGGCGUCCUGCUCCUCGCGCAUCUGAAGCCUCCGACGCCCCCGCCGACCACGAGGAACCACAGCUUGGACUGUUCUGGACUCAAAUCCCACGGGCGCACACACAUGAACACACACACAUGAACACACACACAUGAACACACACACAUGAACACACACACACACUCCUCCAGCAGCCCGGGGGGGAGAAACCACAGGAAGCACCUCCUCUCUGCAGCUUCCAUCUUCUGUCCUUCUCAUGUGAUGGGUGGAGGUGUGUAUUCAGUGUGUGUGUGUGUGUGUGUGUGUGAGGCUGUCAUCACAGGGCAACAUCCCCCCCCCCCCCGGUGGAUCUGUCCCUCUCUAUGCACUCCGAACACACCUCUGAUCUUCUUCUUGUUUGCAUCACACCAUUAAAAACUCACUUGUUGCAAUUUCGCCUUUUUUUCAGUUAUAAUUUAUAUUGUUUUUAUGUUGUCAUUUUCUUCUGGAAUCGUCAUCAUCAUCAUCAUCAUCAUCACCACUUUGGACUGAGGAUGAACUGUAAGAGGACCGGUCGUGGUCACGAGCCCACCGGCAUCGCUCCUUCGUCCUCUUCCUCUUCCUCUUCUGUUGGUAGGAGGCGGGUGGAGGAGGCGGGUGGUGAAGGAGGAGGGUGGAGGAGGCGGGUGGAGGAGGCGGGUGGCGCUGUGACCCGUCUCUCAGGGCCUCCCUGUCGGCGUUGUGUGUUUUCUUUAAGUUGCUGUGGAGGACAAAUCGCCACGGUAACGGUCCUCGUGGUCAUUCUUCCUCUCGUUUCUCGCCAUUGAACAACACGUAAAAGAAUGUUUUAAAGAAGACAAGAACAUUAUAUCUGUAUAUUUUUAUAUCCUGAUGCAAUACAGAGAAUGUAAUGUACUAUUUAACGGUGCUGAACACGACCCAUGACUUCAUUUCACAGAUUGAGAGAGAAAAAGGUAUUAUUUUUGCUUAAAGGUGAUGAGUCACACUUUUUAACAGUCAAACACAUGAAUAUAUAUGUAUAUAUAUAUAUAUGUAUAUAUGUAUAUAUAUAUGUAUAUGUAUGUAUAUUAUAUAUGUAUAUUCAUGUGUUUGAAUGAAUGAAUUAAAGUUAACAAACCUGU